AGAAAAUAGAAGCUGAAAAUACGAUUUUCAUUUUUAUUCACAUAUAUUCUGAUUAAUUAAGGAUAUAAAAUGGCAGAUAUUAUAAAGAAGGCUAUUCUGUUUCUUAUGAGCGAGCAGUGCUUUGAAAAUUACUUCUUGGACCUUAAUUUUUUGAAUGUUGAUUGCGGAAAAGCUCUUAUUAGCAAAGGAUUAGGUCUAGGAAUAAUUGCUGGAUCAGUUUUAGUGAAAAUACCUCAGAUUGUAAAAAUAUUUAAUGCCAAAUCAUCAGAAGGAAUUUCAAUUUAUUCUGUAUUACUCGACUUAUUAGCUAUAACUUUCCAUAUCAGUUAUAGUUUUGUCAGUGGCUUUCCAUUUUCUGCAUGGGGCGAUGGAACUUUCUUGGCUGUACAAACUGCUAUAAUCGCUUCCUUAAUCUACAUUUAUGGUCACAAAUCCAUUUUGAGAGCAUUUAUUUUCAUUGGAAUCUACUCGGCAUUAACGUAUAUACUGAUGGGUGGAAUUACUCCAUUAGAGUAUCUUUGGACAGCACAAGGAUUCAAUAUUCCAAUUCUUUUAGUUGGUAAAUUAUCACAAGCUUGGACAAAUUAUCGCAACGGAAGUACAGGUCAAUUAUCAGCUGCAACAUGUUUUAUGCUGCUUGCUGGAUCAUUAGCAAGAAUCUUCACAUCAAUACAAGAAACAGGAGAUAAUAUGAUGAUUAUCAUUUACAUUGUAUCAUCAUUUGCAAAUGGUGUGAUUGUAUCACAACUUCUUUACUAUUGGAACAAACCUACAGGACCAUCAAUCGUAGCUAAAGAUAAGCCAUCUGAAAAACCUAAACCAAAGAGGGCCAAGAAAGACGACUAAGUAGAUGAAUUUAUGAUCUACAGUACGAAAAGACUCUUAGUAAUGCGGUAAUAGAAACAUUUCAAAUAUGUUGUGGGUAAUUUAAGGCAUUCAAACUAUUCCAAGUAAUCUAAAUCAAUUGACAAAUUUUAAUAAAACAAAGAUGUUAAACUAGCUAGAAGACAAUUUAA